AUGGCCAAACAAGAUCCAGCCGUGAUAGCGGCGCAAAACAGACACAAGAUAGAAAAGGACAAGAGACGCAAACAUUAUCAUGAUCUUCAAGUCCAGGGAACCAACAACUCGUCAAUUGUAUCCAAGCGUUCAGUGGAGAAGAUCUACAAUCCUAUCAUGGAGCCUGAGUCCAAAGAAUGGUUCAAACACUUUGUUCCUAAAGCAAAGAGAAGAUCCCCUGCUAUUAAUAGAGGCUACUGGAUCCGUAUGGAAAGCAUCAAGCAAAUGAUUUUCCGAAUCCUGGAGCAGUACUCUCACGUCCGAGUGAUCAACUUGGGAUGCGGUUUCGAUCCCCUUCCCUUUCAGCUACUAGCUGAAAAGUACGAGAAAUUCGAGUUUUUUGACUUUGACUACCCUGAGCUUGUCCAGAGAAAGAUGGGAAUGAUCAAAGAAUCGCCAGAGAUCAUCGACGUUAUUGGCGAGUUAUUGGAUGUCCCAGACAUGAAAGACUUGGGAGUUUUCAUGGCUACGAAGUCUUACAAAUUGAUUGGUUGUGAUUUGAAGAACACCACCAAGUAUAAGCAGCAGAUCACUCAGUUAUGUAAGGGGGAUGGAGCUUCUAUUUUCAUUGCGGAAGUUUCUCUUGCCUACAUGAAGCCGGAACACGCUAAUCCUGUGGUCGAAAUUCUGUCCGAGCUUCCCAAUUCACAUUUUUUGGUUCUUGAGCAGAUAAUGCCAUCAGGGGAGGACCACUUCUUCGCACAAAAAAUGCUCUAUCAUUUCGACCACUUGAGGUCUCCUCUUCAAUGUGUGCAAGAGUACUCAACCAAGGACAAACAACGUAAGAGAUUCCAGCAAUAUUACCCUAAUGUUACGGUUGUAGACAUGUUCGAAAGUUGGCAACAGCUAGUACUGGAGGCGAAAAAGAAAAUGAUCGACAGGGUUGAGCAUUUCGAUGAAUGGGAAGAGUUCAUAGUCUUUUGCCAGCACUAUGUGGUGAUUCAUGCUACCAAUUCCAAAAAUACCAUCUUGGUAGAGUCUACUGACGAUAUAAUUGAGAAUCUCAGCUUGGAAUCAACACCUCAAUUUAGUAUGACCUUGGUGGAAAAUGAGAAACCGUUAGAAUUGAAAUUUCCAGCUGCCUGUGCAUCCUCUAAUGGAGUUCACGUUCAUGGAGGAAUGUGGCAGACUAGAAAUGAUGUUCUUCUCCGACUUCAAGAAGCAGAAUUCUCACCAAUAGAAGUUGAAGAAAGACCACAAGCCAGAAUGUGCCACACCUUGACUUCUUUACAGGAUGGAAGACUACUUUUGGUGGGAGGAAGGACACGCCCGGGAACAGUCCUUGAUGAUGUCUGGAUACUCAAUGAAAAUGAGCAAUUAUGGACACAAUUGAGCACAUUGGAUGAUCUCGACUUGACACGUCACAGUGCGGUUGCUUUGAGCCCCGGAUGUGUUCUUCUUUUUUCCAAUGGUAGGUUUGUAUUGUUGACGGUUGAUGCUCAUAACACUCUCACGACUAGCACUCUCGUCACUACUGAUGUUGUUCCAAAUGUAAAAAGCUGUGGACUCUCGUAUGACCCGGAAACAAAAACAGGAUAUAUCGUGGGUGGGGUUUCCAACGCUAUUGCACCUAGCAUUAACGACACUAUUUUCAAGUUCAGUGUGGACUUGGACACCAAGACUAUUAGUCUCAAAACAGUGUGUAAUUCAAAACAGACUGCCAGGAUUGGAUGUGUCACUCACAUCAUAAAUGGAAAGUUGUACAUUAUUGGCGGAAUUGGACAGACUCUCACCGACCAGAAUACUACAGUGUUGGUGAUGAACACUUUCAGCAAGAAGAUCCAGGGAGUUCGUAUUUCUGACGAAAUAUGGAAAACUUAUCCUGCUUUAGUAGGGUUCCAAUUGGCUGGAUCCACCUUGGUCGGUGGUGGAGCAGUGUGCUACUCAUUUGGCAGUGUCUACAAUCCAACAUACCAUGUUGAGUUUACUUAA